AUACACACAGAUAUACUAUAUAUUUAUAUAUGCUCAUAUAUAUGUAUAUACUUAUAUAAAUGUGUGCUCCCUACACACCUACAUCACAUGCAUUUGCACUUUUGAUUUCCGCUUGGAUUUGUGAUACGCCGUAACUUCAACUCGUCGCUCAGUCGCUUCCAGAGGGCAAUACGCACAAACCCAUGUUGGAUUAUAAUUUAUACCCUUAAAUUUGGGGGCUACAAUGCGGCCAGAAAUAUACAAUGUUACUACAGUUCAUGCUGCUCAAUGUCAGAAUUAUUUUUAUACUGAUGGUAAUGCUGGCUCUUGUAUCUACAACAUGUGCAAAGAAAACGGAAUACAUUCUAACCCUGAAGACCGACAACAAUCGGGCGCUGCAUAUCAAUGCGCACGGCUGGGUAACGGCCGAGGAUAUAUCGCUGGCACAAUCCCUAACAAUGAACAGUGUUGGCGAUGUACUCAGCGAGGAUUUCAAAAUCACCAUCUAUGCCAAGGAUGUGGACUACUAUUUAUGCUUUGCCCAAGGCAAACUUGUUGGAAAGAGAAACGCCACAAACGAUUGCCACUUCAGAGAGUCAAUGGAACGGGGAUAUUAUCAGUAUACAAAUGCCUACAACCCGGUGCUGCGCGUGGGCAUCAAAUCGAACUUUCGUCCGAUUGGGCCUAAGGGAAUGCAGAGUUUCAAUCGACGCGCCCGCUUCCUCUUCAAUCGCGUGAAGGCUGAAGAUUUUCACAGUAAGCUGGCCAAUUGGCGAAGCAAGGUGGCAACAACAUCGUCCACAACAACGACGACGACAACGACGACGACAACAACAACAACAACAACAACAACAACAACAACAACAACAACGCCGAGACCAGUGGCUGUAACGAAACGCGCACGUGGCAAGCCACUGCAUCGCAUGCAGCCAGCAACAGCAACAGCAACAACAACAACAAGAGCAAACACAAGUAUUAAUAGCGAUAGUUCUUCUAACCACAACAACAACAAUAACAAUAGUCGUAAGUCCCACAACAACAACAACAACAAAGCGAAUGAGGAUGCGCUGCGCGAGCAGAAGAUCAUCAAACGCAACCAGCAACACCAGCGACGCCUGCAGCAUCGCCAGCGCCAGCAGCAGAUGCACAGGCAGCGGCAACGGCAGCGGCAGCAACAAAAAGCCGUCGGCGCCAUGGUCAAGCCACAGCCGAAGAACCUGAUGGUGCGUCAUCAUCACAACAAUGCAACGCUGUUGGAGCGUCGACGACGCCGGCGCAUGCAGCGACGGCAGCAGCAGCAGCAGCUCGAGCAGCAGCAGCAGCGUGAGCAGCGCAAGCAACAGUUGCCCUUGCCCACGGCCUCGUCCUCCUCAUCCUCCUCCUACACAGCGACUGCGGCCUCAACAGCGCUCACAGCGACUGCUUCGCUGGCGCCUUCGGCGCUCAACCUGUUCGCCAUGCUGGCGGCGAGUCGUCGGAAGCGCGGCCGCCGAAAACGCGCAGCAGCAGCAGCAGCGGCUAGCGCUGGCAGCAAUGCAGCUGACAUGGACAUGCAGCUGGUGGAGACGUCUUCCCAGCAGCAGCAGCAGCAGCAGCAACAGCAGCAACAGACACAGGGUGUGCAGCAGCAACAGCAACAACAACAAAAUGAAUACUCAAAAGCCUAUGUUAAUAGCAACUUAAACUUAAUACUGAAACAUAAACUAAACGUAGAACUAAAUUUAAAUAGUAAUAGCCCUAAUGUUAAUAAUGCAAUACCUGCCUUGCCAAAAAACUACAACUACUUGUACAGAAACGAGCAUUAUAAUAUGAAUACUAAAAGUAGCACGACUGAUUCUAGUAGUUUAGAGAUUAGCACUAAGUUCUAUAGUCCAAAUAGCCAUAGCCAUAGCCAUAGCCAUAGCCAUAGCCGUAGCCAUAGCAGUAGCCAUAGCCGUAGUGAGGGGGGCGUUCUUCAAUUCAAAUUCAAUGAUACCAUUGACAAUAAUCUUAAGCAGUUGAUAAACGAUCGAAUUGACAGCAGCAGCACAGCUGCACCAACUGUUGCAGCAGCAACUGUUGUUGCGCCCAAUCGCAAUCAUAUUGUUGAGCAUAAUAUAAGCGACGAUAGCCAUAGCAACAACGACAGCAACAGCAAUGACAGCCCGCGAGCAGAGAACUACUUUACGGCUCUAGAAUUGCAGCAGCAGCAGCAACAA